CGCUCUGACUCCUUUCGGCGCAGCAGAAGAAGUUGGCUGCUCUUUUGAAGCUCCAGCUCUGGUGAUCCGAGGUGACCAGAAGUCUGAAGACAUGUCUGGAAAGCCUAAGCUCUACUACUUCGAUGGCAGAGGCAAGAUGGAGUCCAUUCGCUGGCUGCUGAGUGCAGCUGGCGUUGAGUUUGAAGAGCAGUUCCUGACAACACGGGAACAGUAUGAGAAGCUCCUGCAAGAUGGCUCCCUGCUGUUUCAGCAAGUGCCCAUGGUGGAGAUGGACGGGAUGAAGAUGGUGCARACCAGAGCCAUCCUCAGCUACAURGCAGCCAAGCACAACCUCUAUGGGAAGGACCUGAAGGAGAGAGCCCUGAUUGAUAUGUAUGUAGGAGGAACAGAUGACCUUAUGGCCUUUAUUAUGAAAUUUCCCUUCUUGUCAGCUGAGGAUAAAGAGAAAGAACUUGCCAAUAUAAUUGAGAAGGCCACAGGCAGAUAUUUCCCCGUCUGUGAAAAGGUUUUGAAAGGUCAUGGACAGAACUUUCUGGUUGGCAACCGUCUUAGCUGGGCAGAUGUUCAUCUUCUUGAAGCCAUUUUAAUGGUAGAAGAGAAGAAGUCGGAUGUUCUCUCAGCGUUUCCUCGCCUGCAGGCAUUUAAAGCCAAUAUAAGCAGCAUCCCUGCAAUCAAGAAAUUUCUAGAGCCGGGAAGCCAGAGAAAACCUGUUCCUGAUGAUAAAUAUGUGGAGACUGUGAGAAAAGUUCUCCGGAUGUACUGAUGUGCAAGCAAGUCAACAUGCCUGCCUAAAACUCUGCUUGGCUAAAGAAACUCAUAUAAAUGUAAGAAAAUGAAGCAAGUCRCUUUUAAAAGAAGUGGGAGGAAUAUGCUUCUCUUUUCAGGUUUGUUGGGCAUUGAUAAUAUGCCUGAAUUGUCUGCCUUAUGUCUUCAAAAUUAAAAAACUUAAUUAAGGAAAAAAUACAAAAUCUAACUGACAAAUAUCAUUGCUGUGUAAUGCUAGAAUUUCUGUAUUUAGAGGACAUUUUCUGAUCAAUACACUUACUCUUAUGUGGUCUUGUUAUCUUUGGCAUAUGAAUAAAGG